CGCAAAUAAAAAUAUUAUGGUUGACGAUACAUACAGUUUCCUUAUAUUUUUAUUGUAUUAGUUCUUGUUGAUUUAGAAAUUUCUUGUUUUAUGGCGUGAAAAAUGAAUUUAUCAGAAGAAAAUGGCUUUACAAACGGUUUAUUAUAUGUCGGCUUCAACCAAGAUCAAGGUUGUUUCGCUUGCGGAACAGAGAAUGGAUUCAGAGUUUUCAACAGUGAUCCUCUUAAGGAAAAGGAACGACAAAAUUUUGGCGAAGGAGGCUUAGCAUGCGUAGAAAUGUUGUUUAGAUGUAACUAUAUGGCAUUAGUAGGUGGCGGAAAGACACCAGUUUAUCCUCCUAAUAGAGUUAUAAUAUGGGAUGACUUGAAAAAAGAUUAUGCUAUAGCAUUAGACUUCAACACUGCAGUUAAAGCAGUAAAGCUAAGAAGAGAUCGAAUCAUUGUAGUCCUAGAAAAUCUUAUAAAAGUAUAUUCUUUCACUGCUCAACCACAACUCCUUCAUGUUUUUGAGACAUGCCUUAAUUCAAGAGGCUUAUGUGUUGUGUGUCCAAAUAGCAAUUGUGCCUUGCUGGCAUACCCUAGUCGUAAGACUGGACAUGUUCAGUGCGUAGAACUAAGCAGUUUUGUGGGCACAAGUAAUGCACCAGAGGGUCACCUCAUACCUGCACAUGAAGCCCCAUUGAGCUGCUUAGCCCUUAAUGCUGGCGGAACAAGGCUGGCCACAGCUUCAACCAAAGGGACACUAAUACGAGUUUUUCAUACACUUACUAGGCAGAAAUUGGCAGAGUUAAGGAGGGGUGCUAAUCAGGCUACCAUCUACUGUAUUAACUUCAAUCAUAACAGCUCAAACCUCUGUGUAGCAUCAGAUCAUGGCACAGUUCAUGUUUUUAGCCUUGAUGAGGAGAAGCUAAACAAACAACAAAACUUAGCAACUGCAUAUCUGUUACCAAAGUAUUUUUCAAGUAAUUGGAGUUUUUGCAAGUUCACAAUACCAAACGGCCCACCUUGUAUCUGUGCCUUCGGUGUCGACAAGAAUUCAAUAAUUGUUGUUUGCGCUGAUGGAUCGUACUAUAAAUAUAAGUUCAACGAAAAAGGGGAAUGUUCUCGAGACGUUUACGCACAAUUUCUAGAAACAUCGGAGGAGAGAUAAAUUAUUGUAAAUGCACUGUGUCGGUAUUCUACGUAGAAUAUUAGAUGGUUAAACAUGUACGGAACUAGAAUAGAAAAUGUGAAGAUAUUGUUUUGUUUUGGCAAAAGUUGUAGAAAGUGUUUCAAAGUAACAAACUAUUAUACCUGAACAAAUAGAUCAUUUCUCCUUCACUUUCAUCGCAUAAUUAUCUUGUUCGUUAUAAAAGAUUAGGAAGCUAAUGGCCAUGCACCAAGUACCGCUUAGCACAAUGAAUAUUAUAGUUCAGAGAUAGUCCAUUCGUUACAAGAUUUUAAUUAAGCUAUUUAAGUCUCUCGUAUGCAAUAGAGGCACGAAAUUAAUGAAUUAUAAUACAUACUAUUCUGUUUUGCUGUUUAGAGAGAUUGGUGUGAUAAUUGAAUGUAUGUAGUAAAUUAAUUGAUACAAUCUGCUAAUUAUCCUGCCACGCAGUGUGCACCUAAAAUACAUCACAUUAAUGUCUUGAAAAAGUUCGUAUGUGGUUUUAAAAGUAGUCAAGCGCCAGUCUAACAAAGACGAAGGUAGUUUGAAAUACUUAUUUGAACCAUUUUCAUUUUUUACGCAAGAAAAUCAAAAUUAUGAAAAAGGUUACAAAAUUUUGGAUAGGAUCAGGAAAGGGUAGGAGAAAACAAUGUAGAAUGGAAUUCUUAUACUAUAAUAUAUUUACAACUUUAUAUGAUUUAAUAUAGGAUAUAGGAGGAAAGAAGAUAUACACAAGGUCAUCAGAAGACAAAACGAUGUUAACGAAAGUGGGAUAUGACACUGAAUAUGGCUCUGGUAAAAUGAAUCCCGGUUAUAUUUUGGACAUUAUAAAAUAUAUGGUUCAGGUCACCAAACUCGCCACAUGCACACAAAUUAUUAUCUACAAUUUUUAAGUACUGUUUUAUGAGAAGAAAAAGACAUUUUAUUUACAUAUUAGGCCAAUUUAUCCAUAGACGCAUAUUUAUCGAUUUUGUUGUACACGAAUGAUUUUUGGUGUUUUAUAUUCGUGAACAUUGGCUCUUUAAGUUUGCUAUACAUAAAAAAACUAACGAACUUGUCAUUCCAACAGAUUAGACGCAAACGUGUUACUGGUUACAUAGAAUAAAAACCUACAGGCCCUUUCAAAUAGGGAACAGUGGUGAAUUAUUGCAGUAAACGCAUUUGGUUUUAAUUUCAAUUUAUUGCAAUUCCAUAAAUACAUUCCUUAAAUAUAACAUAUAGAGUAAAUACUAUAUAUAAGGUAGUAUUAUGGAUAUGGUUUUGUUAUUAGUUGGCAUUUACUUCAUGUCCAUCUCGCCGACUGUGGUGUACCCUUUAUUGUAAAGUUUAUUAAGAGUAACACAAAGUAAAAAAAAAAUCUGUAUAGAUGUCGGCAAAUUUAUGGAAUUGUUGUACACGAAUGAUUUAUGGUGUUUUAUAUUCUUGAAUAUUAGCUCUUUAACCUGCUUUAAAUAAAUAUGUCAAAGAAGUUGUCAUUUUGAAAUUGACUGACUAGACGCAAAGGAUAAUAAAUGUAUACUACAAUAAUUAGUAACACGUUUGCGAGUAUAAUUGCACAUGAAAACCGACAGCUAAUAAACAGUCAUGACAUUGAAAACAAUGUUACGAUGAAUGACAACAAAAUAACAUAAACAUUUGAAAGUUCAAAGUUCAAACCAUGUAACGCGUUCCGUUUAUUACUUUUUAAUUGAAAUAAAAAAAUACGUAUCAAGAUUUGAAAAGAUAAUUAUAAUGAAUGCAAAAUUAUCAAUAAAUAUAGUUUUGAUACGAAUAUAAUGUUCCUUAAAUAAGUAUAAAUAAUAAUAAUAGUAUAAUGUGUACACCUUCCUUAAAGGCCAGCAACGCUCCUAUGAUUCCUCUGAUGUUGCAAGAGUUCGUUGCACGGCGGUGAUCACUUAACACCAGGUGACACGUAAGCUCGUUUGUCCU